ACUCUUUUGCUACCAGCUAUAAAUGUCACACCUGUUCAUUUCAUUUCAUUUUGCUUUCCCUUUACUGUUUCUCUCUCUCUCUCUCUCUCUGGUUUCCUCCAUUACAAACCAAGCUUCCCUUUCCAGCUUGUUUCAGGUCCCGCAAUCAUCUUCCUCAAGCACAAUACCCACCAACCGUUUUCCCACCUUUGCUUUUUCCUUCUCCAAAAUCUAGCAAUUUCCACUCUCUCACUCUCUGUGUCUGGUUUUUCCCCAUAAAAAUGAGAUUUUUGUCCGGCAUUGCCUUCCAAUUUCUUUUUCUUAUCAUCUUAGCCUGAAUUCUUCUUGACCCAUUUGAGGUCACAAUCUCCUCUGGUGAAUUCCUCUGCAACUGUACCCUUUUGCUGCAUCUGGGUUUUCACUGAGAAGGCCCUUUGUUGCUUCUGUGGGUGCUGAAGGAAGAAGCUCAAGGAGGGUGACUUAGAUUAACGCAAAGGUGGGGAUGUCUUAAUUCUACUAUAGAAGAAUUUGGAGAACAAAGUUUGAUUGACUUGUAGCAUUCAAUCAUGGCAACCAACAGUUUGAGUAUGGAAAUGUCAAAGAAGACUUCACUUUUGGGUUUGAGGUUGUGGGUUUUGAUUGGGAUAGGUGUUGGUGCUUUUAUAGUUCUGAUUCUUUGCAUCUUAUCUAUAUGGGUUAUGUUUCGGAGAAAGUCUAGGAGAUCUGUGGACAAGUACUCUUUAUCCCAAAUACCGCACGUCUCGAAGGAUAUCAAAGUUGACAAAGUAGGGGUGCAGAAUUAUCAUGAUCAAGCAGAAAGUAUAUCUAUUCCUGUUCAUGAUAAGGGCAGUGGUAAGAAUUCAGAUAAGUUGAUAGUUCAUUUGGGCACAAGCAAAUCCAGUGAUCAUGAUAAUAUCAGUCAGUGCAGCUCAAUUUAUCAUCAUGAGAGAGGAUUUAGUUCAAUGUCAGGGGAAGAAGGAAGCUCUGGAACAGCUAAGAAGCAGUCUACAUUAUCAUUAGGCGGGAUGGUACCUGCCUCUCCUCUAAUUGGCUUGCCUGAAUUUUCUCAUCUUGGGUGGGGCCACUGGUUCACACUUAGAGAUCUGGAAUUUGCAACUAGUCGUUUCUCUGCAGAGAAUGUGAUUGGAGAGGGUGGAUAUGGAGUUGUUUACCGGGGAAGACUGAUCAAUGGAUCCGAGGUCGCAGUGAAGAAACUUCUUAACAACUUGGGACAAGCAGAGAAAGAAUUCAGGGUUGAAGUGGAGGCUAUAGGCCAUGUUAGACAUAAAAAUCUUGUGCGCUUACUUGGAUAUUGCAUAGAAGGAGUUCACAGGUUGCUGGUGUAUGAAUUUGUGAAUAAUGGUAACUUAGAACAAUGGUUACAUGGGGCUAUGAGCCAACACGGGGUACUUACAUGGGAAGCUCGCAUGAAAGUUUUACUGGGCACAGCCAAAGCGCUUGCUUACUUACAUGAAGCAAUAGAACCAAAAGUUGUUCACCGGGAUAUAAAGUCUAGCAACAUAUUGAUUGAUAAUGAGUUCAAUGCAAAGGUUUCUGAUUUUGGUUUGGCCAAACUUUUGGAUUCAGGAGAAAGUCACAUAACUACUAGAGUAAUGGGAACCUUUGGUUACGUGGCACCAGAAUAUGCUAAUACUGGUUUGUUAAAUGAGAAGAGUGACAUUUACAGCUUUGGUGUUCUCCUGCUUGAAGCGGUUACAGGAAGGGACCCUGUAGACUAUACCCGUCCUGCUAACGAGGUGAAUCUUGUUGAGUGGCUCAAAAUUAUGGUAGGGACUAGGAGGGCUGAAGAAGUUGUGGACUCAAGACUUGAAGUGAAACCGACAACUCGUGCUUUAAAACGUGCCCUUUUGGUUGCACUCAGGUGUGUUGAUCCUGAUGCUGAAAAGAGGCCCAAAAUGAGUCAGGUUGUGAGGAUGCUUGAAGCCGAUGAAUAUCCUUUCCGAGAGGAUCGAAGGAAUAGAAAGAGCCGCACUGCCAGCAUGGAAAUUGAGUCUCUGAAGGAUGUUUCUGGUCCAUCUGAUGCUGAAAAGGUGAAGGGUUCUGAAGACUGUGAACCUGUGACGACGAGUCAAGGGCAGUGUUGAAAACAGCAUGAAUUAACCCGCCUUUUCAAUUGGCUUUGUGCUGAUUUCAGUGACCAAUCAAACACCAUAUCAAGUUUUUCUUGAGAAAGUUUUUACCCCAUCUGAGAAGAAAAUCAUAUCAGAGAUAGCUCAGUUGGAUGAUGAAGCAUUUGCUUAUUCAAUAUGGUCAUUCAAGGACAUGAUACACCAAAUUUGCAAGGAGGAUGGAGUCACUAUGAGUAAGUGAGUGCUAUUGUUAAUGUUGUACAGAUGUCUGCUGAGCCAUUCUCAUCAUUACAUUAUUGCUACUUUGCACCCGUUUUUGUCUUCUGGAGAGUGGAAGAGAUGAUGAAAAGUUUAUAUUUAGUGAAAAUUUAGUGUUUGGACUUUGGCAUCAUUGUUCUUGCAUUUUGCUUUAAGUUAUAUGUAUACAAUCCCAAAAGAAUUAAUUGAAGUGAUAGUAUCCCUUUCUUUUGCAGCA